AUGUUUUCCAACGCUAUAAAAUUAGAAAACUUAAACGAUUAUAACAAUGAUGCUGAGGAAUGCAUAAAGCCAUUUUUAUACAAGUCUAAUAUUGUGAACGAAGCUGACUUGGAGAAGCCAAACUUAAUCAGCAUAAAUAAAAAAAAUAAAAAAAAGAAAAAAGAAAGAGGAGAAAUAUCACUAACAGACUGUUUAGCAUGUAGUGGCUGUGUUACUAAUGAAGAGACGAAUUUUUUAAAAAGUCAAAAUGCAAUUGAAAUUUUGAAUCAUGUUAAAAAAAAAAAAAUCAACAUCAUAUCUUUAUCUUUACAAAGCGUAACAGCUUUAUCUGUGUAUUACAACUUACCAAUUUGGAAAACACAAAAAAAAUUAAGUUAUUUAUUCAAAUCUCUGAACUUUGAUUAUGUUUACGACUCAUCUGUGAGUGAAUUAAUAGCAUUAAAUGAGAGUAAAAAAGAAUUUAUGCAACAUUUUUCUGAAAACAUUAGAUCAGCAUGUAUAGGGGGAUCAGACAACGGCAGUAGUAUUAUUACCAAAUAUGGUAAGACUCAAAUGGAUGAUAUUGUAUAUACCCCUAGAGGAGAAUUAAACAAGAACAAUUUUAACAAUUUCCAUGAUAGUGAUAAGUUGAAAAGAACAACGGAUCAAAUUCAAAAAAGAGUACAAAAUGUAAGCAAAAGUGCGAAGAAGACACACACAGAAACAAACACAAGAAAGAAAAUGGAAGAGAACUUUUAUGAUACCCCUUUGCAUAAAAAAAAUGAAAAAGAAAAAAAAAAAAAAAAAAAAAAAAAACUCCCUUUGAUAUGCUCUCAUUGUAGUGGUACAGUUAUAUAUGGUGAAAAAAAUUUUGAUGAAGAAUUAUUAAAUUCAUUUAGUGAGAUCAAAUCGAGUCAGGACAUCCAAGGGAUUAUUUUAAAAAUAUUGCAUUUACAGAACACAAUAAAUGUUAUUCGUCCUUUGUUGGAAAAAUCACCAUUUAAGAAUUUUUUCAACAUGUGCAAUAACUACGAGUCAGAAUUUUUGUCAAUAUGCAGGAAACACUUUUUUAAGAACCAUAAUUUUUUGAAAUCUGAUUCAAGUGAAGGAUCAUAUACAAAAAAUGCCACUAGUACACAUGUUGGAAAAAGAGUAAAUGAUAAAGCCAAUAAUGACCAUACCAUUAGCAAUAUGGUCUCACCAAAUAUAUAUGACAUUAAUCAUGUGUAUCUGCUCUACUGUUUUGACAAAAAAUUAGAAGCUCAUAGAAGCAAUUUAGCAGAACAAAAUUCUCUAGACCAUAAUAUAUAUACGUAUAUAUCCAAUGCCAAUUCGUGCUCAUAUGAUUCGAUAAAGGUCCCCAAAAUUUUAAACGAAAACGAGAAGAAGAAUUUCUAUUGUGUUGAUGCUGUUCUAACUACUGUAGAACUAGUUGAACUUAUAAAAAACCUGGAUAUUGAUUUUAUUUCCCUAGCGGAGAUACCAAUUGAUAAUGUGUAUAACCUUUUGAAAAAAACGCAGAAAAGUCAAGUCAAAAUGGUGAAAGAAAUUCAAGUAUCCACAGGAAUAUCAAAGCUUGAUGCUUUUGUGGAUGAAGAAGAAACCUACAAAUAUAGGAAGGGAAAAUGUAAUAAAAUGGAUAAAUGUUUCGAAGAAGCUGCAGAAGAGUGUACAAUCCCACCAAUGAGAGAAGCAAGGGAAACAAAUUUGGAAGAAACAUUAUACAUGGAUUAUUCUAAACAUAUUAGCAAUUAUGAACUUGACAAAAUGUAUGACGAAUUGGAGAAUUACGCCCUUCGGUGCAGUAGCAGAAAUAACAUUUCUGUAGGAUAUGGAGAAGAAAUAUUUAAAUAUGUGUGCAAACAUGUAUUCAAUUUUAGAGUGGAUGAAAAUGAGUUUCAUUUAAAAUAUCAUGACAUAGUUGUGUUGUCUCUCAUUGAAAAUGGGCAUUGUGUUUUUCGAGUAAUCUUAUCUUACGGUUUUAAAAGCAUGUACAAUGUAAUUAAAAAGUUGAAGGAGAGGAAAAAUGAAAACAUGCCUCAUAUUAAUGAAAGUGUACAACCAGAGGCAAAAAACACACAGGAUAACCCUUCGUGUGGAGUAAAAAAGUACGAUGUGAAAAUUACCUAUAACCUACAAUUCAUAGGCAGAAUUGACUACAUUGAAUUAAUGGCGUGCGAAAAAGGUUGUCUCUUUGGAUGUGCCCAAAAUAUUUUUUCUGAACGCGUUCAUACACGUUCCAUCUGUUCAUGCUACAAUUCUCGAAUUUUUAAAAAAAUAGCAGAACAGGAAGUUAUUGAAAAUUUUGACUUUCUCCAUACAUAUCAGAAGAACAAUGGGAAGAAGAAAUUACAACAGGAACGUGUGGAAAAUGUCAUUUCUUGUUCUAGUAAAACACACGAAAAUUGUAAAAUGCAUGCUAUGGAUUAUGACACAUUACCCCAUGCCAAAAGGGAAACACAAAAUGGUUAUGACUUAUUUGAUGAACAAAAGGUAAAUACGGAAAAACUUUUUCAAAAACUGUAUGACACCAUGCAUAGUGACAAAUUUACUCUGUAUGUAAAUUCCAACAUAUGCGAAAAGGAUUUUACUAUCACUUCUUUUUUAAAAAAUAUUGGAAACUUUUUCAACACGGAGACAUUUCAUAUACUUAAGCGUUCCUUUUUAUCCAAGAAGAAGGUAGACAUAAUCAAUUGGUGA